UCAGUCAGCGCGCGGAAGGACGGAGUACUGGUUUGGGCUGUGGAAACAGAAUGAAGGAUUUUCACGGCGGGUUUUAAAGAUUACUGCCCAUUAACUCUUUCCCUGACCCCUCUGCUUCCAUUUGUCAGUGUCAUGAUGGGGUAAAGGUUUACGUGAAGACCUGAACACCACACACCUGGAAUCUCACCUUUAAUCUCACCUAAGAACAGUGUGAACCAGGGGAGGAAAUGGGUAUCUGAGCAGAACAGAACAAUCCCAAAAUAUGGGAGUGUUUCAGGAAAGAAAGGAAGAUCACAGCAGGCAGAUCAAGGUCAAGAUUGCAACAGAGGUGGUGAGUGUCAGCACCAUGCACGGACCGCGAAGGAAAUGGAAGGUCUUUGUGUUCAUGAUGUGUGCUUUUGUCUUCAUCGUGGUGGAGGUGUCGAGAAGCACCGGCCAGGAUAAGAGCGAUCAGAGCAAAAUUCGGAUCCCCUCCAAGCCAUUCUGGAAAAAGCCGGUCCCUCAUGAUGCUUACUGGAACCGCCACCAGCAGAAAUUGGACCUUGAGAACAAUCCGAUCAUAAAUGGACCAAACAUCACAGGUGGCUACAGACUGCCUGAAUGGCUUAACGACACGGGUGGCAGGAACUCCUGUGAGCCAGAUUUUAGAGUCACUACACAGGUGAAGGACUUCAGCUCACUUUCAGAUCGUUUUAAAGAUUUCUUGCUGUACAUGCAGUGCAGGACGUACCCCAUGGUGGUGGACCACCCAGAAAUAUGCAAAGAUCAGCCGUUUCUUCUCCUAGCCAUCAAGUCGCUGGCGCCACACUUCGAGCGGCGUCAGGCAAUACGAGAGUCUUGGGGUAAAGCUGGUCUCAUGUUAAACAAAACUGUUGUUACUGUCUUUCUUCUCGGUAACGCCAGUGCUUUGGACAACUUCCCAGAUUUAUCACACAUGUUAAAGUUUGAGAGCGAUAGGCAUAGAGACCUGCUGCAGUGGGACUACAGGGACUCCUUCUUUAACUUGACCAUAAAAGAGGUACUUUUCCUUGAGUGGUUUAACACUCGAUGUUCUGAAGCUAGCUUCUUAUUCAAGGGUGACGACGAUGUUUUUGUCAACACUUUACAUAUUAUUGAAUUCCUCAAGAACCUUUCCCCUGACAAAGCACAGGACCUGUUUGUCGGGGAUGUGAUCACAAAUGCUGGACCUCACCGAGACAAAAAAGUUAAGUACUUUAUCCCCGAGAGCAUGUUUGUGGGGUCGUAUCCACCGUACGCAGGUGGGGGAGGUUACUUGUACUCUGGAAACGUGGCCAAGAGGCUCCACGGGGUCAUGAGCAAGGUUGCCCUCUACCCCAUCGAUGACGUCUACACGGGAAUGUGCCUGAGGAAGCUGGGGCUCGCUCCCGAGAAGCAUAAAGGCUUCCGCACCUUCGACAUUGAGGAGAAGUACCGCAACAACCCGUGUGCCUAUAAGAGUUUAAUGCUGGUCCACCCAAGAUCUCCACAAGACAUGAUCAAAAUCUGGGGCUGGCUAAAUGACCCAACGUUAAACUGUCAGUAAAGCCCAGAUAAGGCCUUUCAACAACCUCAGGGUUGCUAGAUUUUGGCAGCUUAGAUAUGUUAUUAUUAUUAUUAUUGUUAUUUUCCUUAUCAAUAUCAUAUUUGUCUAAAGACUGAGCUUGCCUUAUAGGUGCAUGCCUCAGAACAGAUCAAAUGAAGUAAAGAAGAUAGGAUGUGUUUUAAACCAAGUUAUCCACAAAUUUUAUAGUGUUACGCGUAUUUAAACAAAACUAGUUCUUGUGCCACAAUGCUCAGUAAUGGCAGUAACUGUUAUUGAGAUGCUGAAAGCUUCAACAGGAUCAUGGGAGCUGUAAUAUGUUGAAGGUCAGCUGGUCUGAACUGAGCACAUUGGGGUAAAGAGGGAGGGGGGUAUCAGUCUAGUUUAGCAUAUAAUUUUUGAUUAAGUUAUAUAUAUCCAUAGGUUGCUUGAUAUCAGGAAGUAUUGAUUAGAUAUGCCAGUGGUUCUCAAACUUUUAAAGCAAUGUGUACCACCCAUGAGCAAACCAAACCACAUUUAAGUAUCAGAGAAUAGGAAGUAGUGGACUACAGUUUCAUUAUUUUGCUCUAACUUUCUGAAUGGUGGAGUUCCACGGGGUUCAGUUGUAGGACCUAUUAAACUGUAAAGAACUGAAGUGUAGCUUUUAUACAGGAUCUACCAGGUUAAACACUAAACACAAACAAACCUGCUGUUGUAUAAAUUAGUGGUAAAAUUUCAAUCUGAUUUAAUAUUUUUGUGCAUGCAUUACAUUUUCUGAGGUCAUCUAGUGUUUCGCCCUGAAAUGCUUUGCGUACCACCAGAGGUGCCGUAGCACAGUUUGAGAACCACUGAGAUACGCUAUACAUACAAAAGUAUUCAGACACUGAUUUAAAUUUGAGUUAACUGCACCUAGUACCUAGUAGAAGGCACAGCUUUUCUUAUUUCCUGUAGAAAAGCAUUUCAAUUAAAAAAAAAAUAAAUAAAUAAAAAAACUUGGGCAACCACACACAAACCAUCUCACAGAUAGAGCGGUAUAAAGCCAUAUCAGAAUUCCUAAAAGUACUAAGUGGGAAAUUUCCACUGGAUCACUCCUACAGCUCGUAUUUUAUACUCUGAUAAUGAGGAGAGCCUUAAUAGAAUAAAAUAGAAUUGAUUAAAACAGCUUGGAUUAGAAUAGAAUAGAAUAGAAUAGGUUAAAACAGCACACAGUAGAAUAGAACACAUUAGAAAAGUAAAAUGAAUUCAAAUAGAUCCCAAUAGAUUACAAUAAGUUAGUUAAGCAGAGAAUACAAUACAACAGUAUAGAAUAGAGAUAAUAAAUAAUAGAAUAGAACACAAAAUUAAACAGCACAUGAUAGAAUAGACAGAAGAAAAUAGAAGUUCUGUAUAAUAUAUAUUUAAUAUUUGUGCGAAGAAGAUUAUGCCAUUACAGAAGUGAUAUGUACAAGUCGUUCGGAUGUACAAAAUACCAUAUAAUAUUUAAUGGAUUAUUAAUAAUCAAUAUCAGUAUAAAAGGGAAACAUAUGUUGGUUGAAUUCGACAUAACAAUCUGUGGUAAAUGGUAACCGGUAAAUUAUCAUCAACCUCCAAUGUGUAUAGCUAAUAUUCUUAAAUGACUUUAAUUAUUUACCCCCAAUAGUUAUUAUUUGAGUGUCAUUCUAUCAUUUGAUCUAUCACUAAUCAUCCGUUGUCUGUGCCUAAGCUCACUAAUGAAUACUCAAUACUCUCGUGGCGAGUACAGCGGAGUAAAGGCUGUUACUGUCACUGCAAAGAGCUUGUGUCUGCAAACUUUUGUAUGUAUAGUGAAUGUUGGAAAAGGCUUUUAUUUUUGCACUUGUGCUUUUUUUUUUUUUCUUUUUUUUUUUUGCUCCAUAGAAACGGCUCCAUUUGAUUUAGCAUAUUUAUAAACCAUUGACCGCUGCCUCAGCAGGGCCUGUAUUGCUCCGUUUAUUGAGGGAGACUGUAGAACUAGAUUAUGCACAGUUCAGUGUUCGCCAUUGUGUUGCUACUACUGUUUAAGUUGCUGCUCCUUUUGUUUUCAUAAGAGAUCAACUUUCAACAACAGAUAAAGUAGAAUUAUUAGACUUAAUUGCAGUUUAACCGGAUUAUUAGGAAAUUAGGUCAGAGAAUUCGUGUUGUGGGUCAUGAAGUUUUUGUAAGAAAUGCCUGUGGAGACGGUUAUGCAAGUUAUUUAUUCUUUUGCGUAAUAAAGCUAAAAGCUAAAUAUAGACAAAUCAAAAACGUAAAAAGUUUCAAACACCGAAACAAAAAAGGUAAUUAAUGCUGUAAUACACUGGCAUGUAACGCCCCCAUGUUAUGGACAGUAAUUAAUAUUAUUUCACAUGCAUUUUGCCAUGUUCCAUAGAAGUUAAAUAUUACUGUACUGACUUGAGGGUUGUGCCUGUGUGUCACCCAUCAUUCCCACCCUCUGCACUGCACUGUCCACUGAGAGUGGUAAUGCCUUCCAGUAAAGUCCAUACAACUUCAGAAAUGUGAAAUGUUACAUCUGUCUAUUACCCACUUCCGUCAGCCCUGGAUCCAACUCCCAUAACUUAUGUCAUCUCCUUUAUUUAUAAAGGUGUAUUCGUUCCCAAGGUGUCCCCUUAGGUUACAUUUAUGCUCAAUUUACAUUGACGUAUGAUAAAUGUGCAUGCUGUCCCGUAUGUAGAACUGUCUGUUAUACUUUGCUCACCAGUGUGUCAGAUUAUUUUUUAUUUUUUAUUAUUUGUUCAUGCUGUGAUGUUUGUGCACCAAAUUGUUGUUCUUUUUAAUCCUUAACCUCCACAGUCAGAACCACAAUGUGCUCACCUUUUAAUGGACAUGAUGUUGGUCACUUGCUGGUCCAGCCCUCCACUGUUCCCUCACAGGAGAUCAGUUCUGGAAGCAUUGCUCUCGGUUGCAUUUCAGUAUUUUUCUCAGAGUGCCUGACAUGGAAGCUUUGGAGAAAGAUGUUUUAAGUUGUUUAAGUUGAUUAAGGGGGCGAUGAGGUGAGCAGGCUCAUUGUUUGAAGUAAAUAGACAAGGCCAUCCAUGUCCUUUGUCCAAUUUGCUUUGACAUACGACAGAACCUGCAGUGGCUGCUGCCGUCUGCUGGAGUGAGUGCACUUUUCCAGGCCUGGACUGGGCCUGGCUGCGUCCUUGAUCACAACGCAGUCUUUUUCCGCUUAGGAAUAACAGAGAGGAGGAGGAGGGUGAUGGGAGUGGUGAAUAGGACACAGCCAAUGGCUGCCAAUGUUAGACCGACACCUGCUGGUUAGGUGUUGAAAUCACACCUUGAUAUUGUGAUGCUUUCUUUAUUUUGUCCUUAUUUCAUUUUGAUGAACACUGGAUUUGCUUCUUUUUUUUCAGUCAUGAUGUUGCCAAUGAUUGAUGUUUGGAUGUUCACAGAAGGUUAGAGCACAUCACUGCAGUGUCUGCCUUUUCUUCUUCUGGGUUUUACCACGUUGAUGUUUCAGUUUGUUGGAAAGGUCUGAUGAUUAUGAUGAUGAUGAUCUUCUCACUGCUCGACGUAAAACCAAAAUAUUGCAGACUGUGCCUGCUUGCUGUAGAAGUAUUGUUUGUGAAAUAUAAUGUUUACACGUCUAGAUAAACUAAAUGACUAAAUGGUCAAAAACAAAGGUAUUUAUUUAUGAAGUAGCUCCUGAACCGAGGUCAGUUGGGUUGCUAUCUCGCACAAUAUGAAGAAGAGACUAGUGCAAGGUGACCUGGAUGAUCUCAGACUGGCAGACAUGCGCUCGACUGAGGUUCUAGGAAAUCGUUCAGUUGAGUUAACUUGAGUUAACAGUCUGCUAAAUUAUUGGAUAUUAUGUGUUGAGGGUCUUCUGACCUGAUCUGAAAGAACACAGACGCAGACCCGUCAGCUUCGUUGUCCUUUUAGUCGUGCAUAUGCUUUGUGAUAGGGACCAAAGGUCAGACUUCUGUUGCUUAGACUUGAUUGUAAAAAAUGGCUCUAUGUGCCAUCCUCGUUGUGCCUUUAUAGAUCUGGAAUAACCUGGAGGAAGAUCUUCAGUGUCUCUUUCUCCAGUCUCUGUCACUCUGAUGUUGCUUUAAAAUGUACAACCUAUGAACGCUUAUAAAAAUGGUUGCUUCUUUACAAUAAAACGGUAAUUAUGAGAUUUUAUCUAAAUGACUCAGGUCUACUUUUGCUGUAGCUGUAAUUACAUGUUGACCAAAAUCAAAGCCUUGCCUGUUUUUAAAGUGUGCCACAACAUUGUAUAAUUAAAGCCUGUGCAUAAACUAUAAAGUUAAUAUAGUAUAUAAAAGUAUAAAGUAUAUAAAGUGUAUAAAGUAUAUAAAUAAAUAAAGCAUUGUGUGUGUGUAUGUGAGGCUCAUUGUAUAUAGUCCCGUAACAAAACAGGAAGACACUGACCAUUUUUUACCAAAAUGUGCCUGCGUUUUUCUUACGCUAUAUUUCUAUCGCUGGACUGUGUUUAGGUAAUUGUUGUGAACCUUUUUUUUUGUUUGUUUGAUUUUGUAUUCUGUUUUUGUUUCUGUACCUAAUCUAAAUAAAAA